GCAAAAAUUCAAACGCUGUACAGGGAGGCAAACCACAGCUUGCUCUGCUCUCCUGGUACACAUUACAGGUUAAAAGCAGUCACGAUUAAGCCACGCCGGAUAUUACACUUUCACAGCUAAGAUGAGCGCAGCCUCCACACCCAUCUCCCGGGUUCGUCAGGGAUGGGCAUCAUCCUUGAAGAACAAGGGUCAGUCCCCUGUAGCCUGCAGCACACCACUGCUCGCAGCCUUCCCCGGCAACGAUGACGAGCAGGAACGUCGUCAGCGGAGAAGGUCAAGAGUCAUUGACCUUCAAACUGCUACGGACUCCUCCUUUAACGACUCUGCAUCUCACAGUGCCACAGGGACUCCUGCUGCCGUGCCCAAGUUGUCAAAUGCACAGAUCUCGGAGCAUUACUCCACCUGCAUAAAACUCUCCACUGAGAAUAAAAUCACCACCAAAAAUGCCUUUGGUCUCCAUCUGAUUGAUUACAUGGCGGAUAUUCUCAAACAGAAGGACUCUGAGCUCACAAACUUUAAGGUUGCAGCAGGUACUUUAGAUGCCAGUACAAAGAUCUAUGCUGUGAGGGUGGAUGCCGUUCAUGCUGAUGCUUACAGGGUGCUCGGUGGCCUGGGAGCCGAGACCAAACCAGGGGAGGACACGAAUGACGAGAACAGAGAAGAUGAAGGAGCUGAAGUGAGUGCAAAGCAGCCGAAGAGAAAGCGGCCUCCUAAAAAGACAGUGGAGCAGAAUCUGAGCAACAUCAAUAGUGCAGAGUCUGAGAGGAAGUGUGAGGUGGACCCCAUGUUUCAGCGGAUGGCCUCAUCUUUUGAUGAGAGCAGCACCGCUGGCGUCUUCCUGCCAGUUCUCUUCAGUGAGAACAGUCGUUGCGAGCUGCUCUUCCCCUCCUACAUGACACUUCUGCAGUCCAGACCCUCGUAUUCUCCUCCACCUCCACAGACAGUCUCCACUUCUCCAUUCAAGGCUGGACUACAGCGCUCCCAGGAGAAGAGCUCCAUUUGCCCCUCACUGCUGGACUUCUCUUUCACUAGCUGGAACCCCGAGCAGACUAUGAAUCAGCUCCUGGAGAAGAUGAAGCAAGGUGAGCAUGUAUUUGAUGUAAAUGCUGAGCCCGAGCCUGAACCAGAAGAGGACGAUUGCCCUGACUUUGAUGCUGACUAUGAGGACGGACCCGGUGACUGUGAGGAAGGUUCCAAGGAACACAAAGAGGGAUGUGAGGCUUCUACGUCUGGUAAAGGAAGAGAUGUGAUUGCGAUCGGAGAGGGAGACAUCGCCACGAUGUGCAUGCAACUGUCCUCACAGCCCAGGGAAUAUUCCUACUUCAGCCCCAGGACCAUGGCUGCGUGGGCUGGACCAGGAUACUGGCAGUUCAAGCCAAAGCACAAGUUGGACCAUUUGCCUGACAAGGAGACACGCAAGAGGAAGCCCAAGAAGGUGUUUGAAAUAGAUUUCAGCGACGACGUCAACUUCGACACCUACUUCCGCACCACAAGGGCUGCCACCACCAUCACCAAGUCUGCCCUCAGUGCCGGCAAUAAGAAGUCGACUCUACCAGCAGACUUCCAGUUUGCCCCAGAGACUCUCUCCCAGCUCAGCCUCAAACCUUCCAGCUCGUUGAGUCAAGAUGCCAAGAAGAGGUUGUCUGGAGAGCUCGGCGAAGGCAUUGGAGACUAUGACUACAACAAUGCCAAUGACACAGCCAACUUCUGUCCAGGGCUUCAGGGUGGUGACAGUGAUGAUGAUGUUGAAGGGUUUGCUGGUUCAGACGACACACAGCCUUCAGCGGACAGUUUACCGUCACACUCUCAAGAUCUAGAGGGCGUGUCCACCUACGGAGAGGACGAUUUGGUACCGGAACCCCACAGAGUCAACAAGAUUGAGAUCAACUAUGCCAAGACUGCAAAGAAAAUGGAUAUGAAGAGGCUGAAGAACAGUAUGUGGAGUCUCCUCACUGAAAGCCCAGAAAAACCCUCAGAGGAGGUGGAGACUGUGGAGAAACCAGAAGUGUCUGGUGAGAAAGUGUUCAGUCAAACUACAAAGACGCUGCUUCAAAGGUUGCCUAACACAAUGGCCCAGAACCUGUCGGUACCUCUUGCAUUUGUCGCUCUGCUUCAUCUUGCCAACGAAAAAAAUUUGGAGUUGGUGAAAGUUGAUGACAUGUCAGAUAUCAUCAUCAAACAAGGCCAGUGAGGAAGAGUGAAUGAUGCGAUGUUGUAUAAAUAAUCACUGCUAUUCUGUCCUCCUCCAUCUCUUUUUAAUUCUAAUUACUCUGCGACACUUUGCUACUUGUACAUGUUUUUAUUCCAUUUCUAGCAAAUAUAAAAUAAAGACCUGAGUGUGACCUAUUUCCUUAAA